UUAACUUAUUUUCCCAAAUAUAGUCGGCCUUCUCAGCUCUCUCCUCUUUCAACUUUCUGUCACAACGUAAUUGAAAUUCAAAAACUUCUCUAUUGAAUUAGCUCACAUUUCAUCCUCUUCAAACCGUAAUUUUUAGGGUUAGGGUUUCGAAAUGGAUCCCGUUGCUUCGAUUAUCGACAAAUUAAAGUCUUUCGCAAAAUCCGGCGAAGAUUUCGUCACCGGCUUUUCUCGUCGCCGGCAAAAUAAGUUCCGUCAAAGUCCGGUAACAAGCAGUAUGAUGGGGCUUGACAACUCUUGCCAUGAUAUAAUUUUCAGAUUGAAAUAUUGAAGCGUUUGCAGCGAGAAGCAUUUGCGGACCUGAUGAAACUAAGAGACAGACAGGACAAAGUGGAAAGAAUGCUUACAAUUGCGAGGACAUCGAAAGGGAGUCCGUUUCAAGAAGAUAGUACCUAUGUAAGGGGUGAAGUUGAUGUGAUGGGAACUUUGUUCUUAAUAGAUUAUCUUGAUCGGGAUAGUGUUGAUGCAAUUAAGAGGGCCGGAAUUAGAACGGGAAUAAAUGCGAGAAUCACCUUGGAGACCAAAUUCCGUGAAAAAGAUGUUCUUGAAGCAGAUUUCAUUGCUAAUCAGAGCGACGUCAUAGAUUCCGGCAAUAUUCUUGGAAGUGCUCUCUCUCUUGCUAAAGUAAGUUAUACAGCAAAUAUAACUGACUGGUGCUCGAUUAUUGCAAUUCCCAUGGGGGCUAGAUGUGGGGAUAUGUCAAUUCUAACCGAUUCUUCAUUUCAGGAGAAAGGCCUUACUGAUUACUCAUCUUUCGGACCACCCUUGUUGCAUCAAGAUCAUGGACGUGCAAUUGGUUUAACGGUAAAGAAAUCAAAUGUUGUUGGUUCUUUAGCUCAGUUUGUUGUUGAUCUACCUGGUUCAUUUGGGCAUUGCUUCAGCACCUUUGGUCAGAUUGUCUAUCAGCUCCCAAGGAGUACAAAGCUUUCCCUCUUUGGGCUUCACCAUGUACCUAGACCAAGACAACAGGCCAAUCCUGGAUCCUUGGCAAUACCUUUUAGCAUUUGGCGACACCGUCAGCGUUAUGAGGAAUCAACGGUAACCUCUUCCCCCACCUCAACAUCACAUUUCGAGGAUCUUCCAUCAGUAGGCUCAGUUGCUGUGAUGCUCGAAUCUGAGCUUGAUGAAAGUACUAGAGUUCGAGGGUGGUUACAGAUGAGGAAUAGCAAUCCAAUAAAUCUUCAGUGGUCAGUUAGCAUGUCUGAUUUUCCAGAAGAUGAGAUUGGAUGGGGUCUAAGUUUAGGCGGGAUAAUCCAAGGUCCAAAAAGUUGGGACCAUUUUCAGGUUGAGGCAUUUCUGAAAUACAAUGUGGGCAAUAAAUUAAGUUUACAACCAGCAUUUGUGUAUCUCAUGGACAGGAAUAACCAAAUUCCAGGUCUAAUGUUGCGUUCAACUUGGUCUCUUUGAUCACUUUUCUGGCAACUCUUCUUCUGAAUAGAUCUCCGCCAAGUUGCGCAUAUUGUAGUUGGUUAUAAUGCUAAUUCCAACAUACUCAAGUAUAUAUUUUUUUUUUCA